AUGACUCAUAUCGAGGAAUAUGUCCCCGAGGAUUUCUUCGAAUGGCUGGAUUUUUUUCACAAGUGCAUCGGUUUGCUACCUCCCAAGAAUCUCUCCUCGAAGAUUCUGUACUUUCUGAUUGCCCUUCCUCACAUUUCCAUGUGCACUUUCCUGCUGGUUUUCCUGGGAGGUGCUGAUCUCUUGGUAAGAGACAGAUCUUUCAAGGAGACAAUGUUUGGAAUCAGUGUAGUGACGUUACAUGGUAUCAUCGUUUUACGAACAGGGUUUUGGAUUUAUUCUAGAAAUAAAUUCGAGAAAAUCAAAGAAAUUAUCAGAAGAGAAACAUUUACGUUCGAAUGUUUUGAUUUGAGAGAAAUUGGAUAUGCUAACGUUAUUAGUGUUGGUAAGAAUAUAGAAAACGUUUUGGGAAAAAAUCUGAGUUAUCGUGAGAUUGGAAUGUUAUGGAGUGGAUCAGGAUUGGUUUUUGAUGACUGUAGUGUUAACUUGGAAAUUUUCCGCAAAAGAAAGAUGCUACGUACAAGACUGGGGCUCUGUUUCAGCUACUUAGCUUUGAUCGUCUUCAGUUUCGCAACAGUGACUCUAUUAUUUAUAAGUGAGCUCUAUGUAGAUUCUUACCAAACAUACAACCCUCAUCUAAAUAAAACUUCAGAGUUCAGGAAAUACUUGAUACCGAUGUAUUUUCCUUUUGACACAUCCCUGGAUGGAUAUUAUCAAAUUGCUUACUUUUAUAGUUAUUAUAGUCAUAUUGGAGCCGUUUUCAUCUUCUUACCUAUUGAAACAACUCUAACAUGUUCUAUAAUACACCUGAUUCGUCAAACAUCUGUGGUGAAGGAAGCUCUCAGUUAUGUCGACAAGAACAUGUCUAAUGAUCAAGAUUCAAACCGUAUUAUCAAAGAAUUUCGUAUUGUCAAAUGUAUCAACGAAUUGCAGGAAAUCUACAGAGCUAUAGAGAAACUGGAGGACUUCUGUAAUAUUCAAUUGAUGGUUCAGUAUGGAUUAGCUACCUUCUUGUUGUGUACUAUUUGCUAUGUGAUCCCAUUGAUGGAUAAUAUGAUGGAAGGCAUAGGCAACUCGAUUUUCGUGUCAUUAUCUCUGGGACAGAUAUUCAUUUUCUCUUACUGCUGUCAAACAUUAUCUCUAGAGUUGCAGGAAGUUGGUAUAUCUAUGUAUAAUCUUCAGUGGACGGACUAUCCACUGAAAAUUCAACGCAGUUUGAGGUUUUCAAUAAGAAGAUCACAAAAGCCUACUCAUAUAACAGCUGGAAAAACCAUUAUUAUUGACCUCUUGUUCUUCAUACAGGUCAUUCAGAAGUCAUAUUCAUUUUAUACUUUGAUCACCAACACCAAGAAUCAGGCAGUGUAGGAUUUGACAGCUGAUAAUUUUAUGCUCUUUGUAACAUUCACAAUGAGAAAAACACCUACUUAUGUAUCAUUGAAGAUGUAGUACUUAUAGAACCAUUAUGU